AUGUCAUUCACACGACGCGGUAGUAAUGAAGCCAGUGAGACUGAUAUAAUGAUCGAAUUUGACGAUGCUCCAGCGGCUGCCGUACCUUUCGCGAGUCGACGUCCGUUCAUACUAAAUCCGCCACAGCGACGCUUAUCGCGCGACAAACUUAGCAACCAUUUGAAGCAAGUUCCACCAAGCGAUUGCGCUCAGGAAAUGAACAGAUCUGGCCGUCCUCCUCCUCCGAGCAAGUGGGUUCAGAGGACGAUCUCAAGCGAUUCUCAAUCAUCGUUACCAUCACCGUCUUCAUCGGUGACGACACCCAUCGAAAACAAAUCAAUAUCUGUCGGCGACAAACUUCGAUCGAUAUUCAGCGGCAGAAGGCACGCCACCUCUGAAUCAUCGACGACACGUCGUCCACAGGAGUAUAAAAGGAAUGACGAGGUAGAAAAUCAGCUUCUCGAUACGAAUUCAACACAAUCGUCCAAUAUUUCCACUGAACGCAAGAUAUCAGCGGAAGAAGGUCAGCCGUUUUCAAUAGUCUUGUUCAUAACAAUAUCGUAUCAAUAA